UUCCAUUUGCCUGUACCAGCUUCUGGCAAAGAGAAGAAUUGGCAAUAAACGUUCUGACCAAGGCAGGAGUGAAUUGCGUCCUGGAUUCGGGCGAAGGCAUUCAAAGCCAUUCCGGGAAGAAUGGGAAGCAGGAGCUGCUGCAACUGGAAUUCUCUUGCUACAAUUCACGCCUACAGUGACUUCUGUUGCCCCUUUAAGCUUUUGCUUUAAUAUCACCUUGGAGAUUCUUAAGAAGUGAAAUAUUGAAGAAAGUCUGUGAUCUUCUUUAUGCUUUUAACCAUGUGUAGACAGGAAGAUCCCAUGAAACUGGUCGCUUGGAUAUGGAUGGUCUCCUGCAACAAGAUGAUAGGGGUCCUGCUUGUCUUUUUUCCUGCUAUCCUCUUGGAGAUGGACUUUCUCCCCAGGAAUACGGGCAGAAAGGUUUUGAUUUCAACCGCUUCUUCCCAGAGAUCAGUAGCCAGAAUGGAUGGGGAUGUCAUUAUAGGAGCCCUCUUUUCAGUCCAUCACCAACCCCCAGCUGAGAAGGUACCAGAAAGGAAGUGUGGUGAGAUCCGAGAACAAUAUGGCAUCCAGAGAGUUGAGGCCAUGUUUCACACUUUGGAUAAGAUAAAUGCAGAUCCAUUUCUGCUGCCCAACAUCACUCUAGGCAGUGAAAUUCGAGAUUCCUGCUGGCAUUCUUCAGUAGCCUUGGAACAGAGUAUUGAAUUCAUAAGGGAUUCUUUGAUCUCUAUCCGAGAUGAAAAAGAUGCCCUGGGUCGUUGCCUGCCAGAUCCUUUAUAUCACCCCAAUAUCAGGGCUAAAAAACCCAUUGCUGGUGUCAUUGGUCCAGGUUCGAGUUCUGUAGCCAUCCAAGUGCAAAAUCUGCUUCAACUUUUUGAUAUUCCUCAGAUUGCUUAUUCUGCAACCAGUAUUGAUCUGAGUGACAAAACUUUGUACAAAUAUUUCUUGAGGGUGGUUCCAUCUGAUAUCCUGCAAGCUAGAGCCAUGCUUGACAUCGUCAAGCGUUACAACUGGACAUAUGUAUCUGCUGUGCAUACUGAAGGAAACUAUGGAGAAAGUGGCAUGGAAGCUUUCAAGGAACUGGCUGCACAGGAAGGCCUUUGUAUUGCUCAUUCAGAUAAGAUCUACAGCAAUGCAGGAGAAAAAAACUUUGAGAAGCUGUUACAGAAGCUCCGGGACAGGUUGCCAAAGGCCAGAGUUGUGGUUUGUUUCUGCGAAGGAAUGACUGUCAGGGGAAUCCUCAUGGCUAUGAGACGCUUGGGAGUUCUUAGAGAGCUUCUACUGAUUGGGAGUGAUGGAUGGGCAGAUAGAGAUGAAGUCAUUGAAGGUUAUGAAGCUGAAGCAAGUGGAGGCAUCACAAUUAAGCUGCAGUCUCCAGAAGUCUUAUCGUUUGAUGAUUACUUUUUGAAAAUAAGACUGGAGACCAACAAAAGAAAUCCUUGGUUCCCUGAGUUUUGGCAACAUCGUUUCCAAUGCCGCCUGCCAGGUCAUCCUUUAGAGAAUCCCAACUUUCAAAAGAAUUGCACUGGCAAUGAAAGCUUAGAAGAAAAUUAUGUCCAAGACAGUAAAAUGGGAUUUGUUAUCAAUGCAAUCUAUGCUAUGGCUCAUGGCUUACAAAGCAUGCAUCAUGCCCUUUGCCAGGGCCAGAUUGGACUGUGCGAUGCUAUGAAGCCAAUUGAUGGAAGCAAACUUUUGGAAUUUCUCCUAAAUUCAUCAUUCACUGGAGUCUCCGGAGAAGAAGUGCGGAUUGAUGAAAAUGGAGACGCUCCUGGAAGAUAUGACAUCAUGAACCUGCAACACAUAGAAGCUAACCAUUAUGAUUAUGUCCACAUCGGGACUUGGCAUCAAGGAGUCUUGAAUAUCGAUGAUAACCGAAUUCAAAUGAACAAAACUGAAAUGGUCCGGUCUGUAUGUAGUGAUCCGUGUUUGAAAGGUCAAAUUAAGGUUAUAAGGAAGGGAGAAGUGAGCUGCUGCUGGAUUUGUACAGCUUGCAAGGAGAAUGAAUUUGUGCAAGAUGAGUUCACAUGCAAAGCCUGUGAACUGGGAUGGUGGCCUAAUGAUGAGCUGACAGGCUGCAAACCUAUCCCUGUAAAGUAUCUGCAGUGGAGUGACAUAGAGUCCAUUGUAGCUGUGGUCUUCUCUUGCCUGGGCAUCCUCGUCACCAUGUUUGUUACCCUUAUCUUUGCACUGUACAAGGACACCCCUGUCGUCAAAUCCUCUAGCCGGGAGCUGUGCUACAUAAUACUUGCGGGGAUCUUCCUUGGUUAUAUAUGCCCUUUCACCCUCCUUGCUAAGCCCACUGUCGCCUCGUGCUACCUCCAGCGUCUUCUGGUGGGACUUUCCGCUGCCAUGUGCUAUUCUGCCCUUGUAACAAAAACUAACCGCAUUGCACGCAUUCUGGCAGGGAGCAAGAAAAAAAUUUGCACCCGCAAACCACGCUUCAUGAGUGCUUGGGCCCAAGUGGUCAUUGCCUCCAUUUUGAUCAGCGUACAGCUGACAUUGGUUAUUACACUGGUCAUCAUGGAACCCCCUUUCCCCAUCCUUUCCUACCCCAGUAUCAAGGAAGUCUUUCUGAUCUGCAACACCAGCAACUUAGGUGUGGUUGCCCCAGUGGGCUACAAUGGACUCCUCAUCAUGAGUUGCACUUACUAUGCUUUCAAAACUCGCAACGUGCCCGCCAAUUUCAAUGAAGCUAAGUAUAUUGCCUUCACUAUGUACACAACCUGUAUCAUCUGGCUUGCCUUUGUACCUAUAUACUUUGGGAGCAACUACAAGAUCAUUACAACUUGCUUUGCCGUGAGCCUGAGUGUGACAGUUGCCUUGGGGUGCAUGUUCACUCCCAAGAUGUAUAUCAUCAUUGCAAAGCCCGAAAGAAAUGUCCGCAGUGCCUUCACCACUUCAGAUGUGGUGCGUAUGCAUGUCGGGGAUGGCAAGACACCUUGUAGGUCCAACACUUUCCUCAGCAUAUUCCGGAGAAAGAAGCCAGGCGCUGGAAACCCAAAUUCUAAUGGCAAGUCUGUGUCAUGGUCUGAACCAGGUGGAAGAGAAAUUCCCAAGGGACAACAUAUGUGGCACAGGCUCUCAGUGCAUGUGAAGAAUAAGGAGCUAGGAUGCAAUCAGACAGCAGUUAUCAAGCCCCUAACUAAAAGUUAUCCAGGUCCAAGCAAGAGCCUCACUUUUUCGGACAUCAGCAGUAAGACUUUGUACAAUGUUGUGGAGGAGGAAGGAAGUGAGUCAGUGCACUUCAGCCAAAUGAGUAGUCCUUCCAUGGUUGUACACAGAAGAGUGAUGGUGAUGCCUCCCCUACAGGCAGCAGCAGAAGACAUACAGAGUCCCAAAGUCUUGCCACCCCCACCACCGCCUCCACCACCGCGAUCCAUUAUGGACCAGCUGCAGGGUGUGGUCAACCAAUUUGCCACUGGCAUCCCUGAUUUCAAUGCGGUAAUGCCCGUGUCUGGUGCAGGAAAUGGACUGAGGCCCAUAUAUCAUCCUCCAGCAAUGCAGCCACAGAUAUUGCCACUACAAAUGGGCACUUUCAUUAAAGAGCCGGUUUCACUCCCAUCUGAAGAAAAAGAAGAGGAGGAGGGAGAAGAAGAGGAGGAAGAAGAGGAGGAGGAAGAAGAAGAAAAUGAAAAGUUUAAGCUUAUCCAAGAUUAUGUGUAUGAGAGACCAGGAAAUUUAGAGGAGGAGGAAGAGGAAGAAGAGGAGCAGGCUACCAGCAAACUGACUCUAGAAGAUUCACCAGCACUGACACCUCCAUCUCCUUUUCGAGAUUCAGUGGCUUCAGGCAGUUCUGUGCCCAGUUCUCCUGUGUCUGAAUCAGUGCUUUGCAUACCUCCCAAUGCAACUUACACCUCCGUUGUUUUGAGGGAUUACAAGCAAAGCUCAUCCACUUUGUAGAACAGAAGCUACUCUGGUGAAAGCAAGUAGAUUAUGUCUUCUCUCUGAGCUUUAAUUGGACAGGGGGAAAUAGCACAAGCCCCUGGGGCAAGUGAAGGCCAAUGAGCAUGGUGUAUAGGGUGGGGCAAAAAAUUAUAUCCUGCACUAAAUCCAUUAGAGGGCUCCAGUUCUUUACCUGUUGUGUGUGUGGUUUUGUUUUGUUUUGUUUUUUAAAAAAGGAAAUUAUUAUGUUCAAGAGUAGUGUGUUCUGAGAAGAUCAUUGGAAUUCUGACAAAGCACAAAUCCCAUAUACAACUUCUAUAGCAAAAAGAAAGUGUAACAGUAACACACAGUGUUCUUCAACACACAGUCACAUCAUAUACUCUCUUGACAACACUUGAAUAUGACUCUGCAUGCUAAAGUUAGAGGAGAAUCAUGUUGUGUCUCCAGGAUGUGAACCACCAUUGAAUGCAGCAGACUGUAUUGUAAUGCAGCAACAUUUGCUUGAAAGGAGAAAAUAUAUUUUGCUAAACCUUUUUUAGGUGGAAACAUAGUAAGAAAUCUCCUGAAAUUUAUGUUGGGGAUGCCACUUAGCAUGUUAGCAUAUAGCUCAUGAAGAACAUUUAGAAAAACUGAUUUAGCGUUCCCCCCUCCCCUUGUAUACUAAUUUGGAGUGAAGAAUAAGAAAGUUAUAGAAAAAUGUAUUGAUACAAUCAAGUCCAAAAUCCCUGCAGUUUUGAAAUAUUUGAUUUGCCAUUGUGGUAGAAGACUGCAAGCCAGGUGACUGUACUGUUAACUCUACAUUCCCUGUAGCAAAACAAUAUUUAUUGACUCAACUUUAAUAAUCCAAUGAGAUUGCCAUGUAAUUACAUUGUUUGUUUGUGUUACUAUGGAAACAACUACAUAUAAAAUAAUUAUAUAUUUUCAGCAACAAUUACUACUUUAAGCAAAAACUUGUUCUUAAUAGCAGUUCAUUAGAUUCAUAGUAGAUGCAAGAGAAUGAAUGUUCUGUCUUUGUGUGUGUGCGCGCGUAUGUUUGUGUAUCUAUGUAACUGUAUACAACAUGUGAUGUGUAAAAUCUAAUAACUGCCAUGGAGGAUUGUCCUAGAAAUAUACUAUGAAUAUUUUUAUGUAUCAACCAUGUUUUAUAUUGCAUUAUUUAAAAAUAUAUUAUAAACCUUUGAAGAUUUGUAUGUUGUGCUGAAACAUUUUUAAAGAGCUAAGCUGCCCCUUAUAACAGGGUGUUUGAUUUUGCUGAUAUAUUUGCCAUGUGGAAUUAUGCUGUUGAAAAUAAUCAGUGCUCCAAUAAGUUGUUAUUUCAUGUGAUUUAAGAAAUGUGAUUAAUAAAGAAUGCAUUUCUUUUGGAAAUUUUGCACAUGGCAGUAUUAAACCUUAAACAGAACCUUCAGAAAAAUAUUUAAACCUUGUUUAGCUUCCUAUGGAAAACUAAAAUUUAUAUUUUUCCAUAGUAAAUACAUAUAUAUUUCUUUCCUGCUUUAGCAAAACCCAUGUACCUGACACCAUCCUCUAUUGUUAUUUUUCUACUUCUGCUCUGUAGAUUUCCUCCAGUUUCAGGAUAUUCCCCUACCUUCUCCAGAUUUAUUUUCUAAUAAUAAUGAUGCUUUGAUUAGAUUUGUGCCCACUGUUUCUUUCUUAUCUUCUUUCUUAUUUUUGUCAUCUAAGAAAAGUAGAGUUAAACUAAAAUCAGAAUCCAGACACAGGGAGAAUUUGGAAAACCAUAAAGUUGCACCUAGGUGAAUCUGAGUAGAAGGAUAAUUGCAAGAUAAAUGUUUCUUCUUUUCUGUUAUAUAUCUUUUUAAAAAUCAUUCCUCUGGACACCAGUGUUGCAAUAAUCAGGCUUGUAAAAUUCUACUAUUAUAGCCAGUCUCAAUAAGUUUUGGCCUUCCUGUAGGACUGAUUCUUAAUCUGGUCUACCUAGUGGGGCUGACACCAACCUUGCAAAUCUAAGUCUUAUAUUUGAUCCUCAUUUUUAUAGUUCAGUGAAUUAGGAAGUAUCUGAGAUUUCCAAACAUUUGCUAGACCUUCAUCAAAGUAAUCUUUUUUAGUCUCUACACAUAUUGCUCUGACUUGCUUUUUUAGGACUUACUCCAUUCCCCCAGUAGAACAUCAACUGUUCCUCAUGUAUCUUUCUGAAGCACCCUAAACCUCAGAAGCAAUCAUUCCUGUAAUCUAAAGACAGCUUUGCAGCAAUGGCUUUAUGCCUGGAAAAAAAAAUCUGGAAAAUAUCUGAGGCAGAUAUAAAAUUGACUCAGAGGUAUACUAGCAGGAAUCAAGCUGUGUAUGUCUCUCAAACACAACUUACUCUUUGGGUUAUCUAAAGCUUCUGUGUCUCUCCACACCAAAGUUGCACACAAGUUCCUUUUUUCAGAGAGGGCAAAAGGUUCUUGGAAAAAUAUAUUCCAUCAAAAGCAAGUGGAUUUUUCAUGUUUGUAAUGGUUGUGAGAAUUUGAUUUACUGCCCGACUAUUAUGGGAUACUUUAUAGCUUAUUGUAAAAACUUGACCAUAAAAUAUAAUGUUGUACAUAGAAAAAAAACAUAAUAAUCAAAGCCAGUUCAAAGAUAAGACAUUUACCUUAUUUUUAUUUAUAUCACAUAUCUUAAGUUACAACUCUAAUAUUCCAGAAAUGGUACUUUAUGCAUAAGAGAAGCAAUUUAUAUAGUCUUUUGUCAUGCAAUUCAAUAAAAAUCAAUUCAAAAAUAGGUGAAGACAACAAGGCAGCUUUGACCACACAUUAAUUAACAUUUUCACAUUUACUGAACUAAGUUCAUUUUUAUUCUGAAAUUUAGCAACUAAUUAUAAAUGGGCAAGAACCAAAGUUAUGCAAGCAAAUAUGCAACAGAAUUUUUAAUUCUGCCUCUCCUAUGGGGCCCCAUAUCUUUCUAAAUUGUAUCCCAUAAGAUCUCCAAUUUUUCUGAAGCACAGUGUGCUAGACAAAGUGAAGUACAGUGCAAGACAUUAGGAAUACAGGGGAACAUUCCAUUAAUAUUGGCUACAUUAGCUAAAUUAUGUGAAUUUCAGUACCCACUGCAUACAUACAUACAUACAUACAUACAUACAUACAUACAUACAUACAUACAUACAUACCUAGUUAUUCUGGAAGCAAACCAAAUCAGCUACUAAAAUUGUUGGAAUUUCAUCUGAGAGCUCAUCUGAGAGAACAUUCUAGAUGUCUUGUCAAAAGAUUUCUGUGAUUUUUAAAUAAUAAAAUAGGGAAUCAUCUGGUACUGCCUGAGAACUAAAAUGAACUUGAGAAACAAAAAAAAUAUCUCUCUGCAGUAUAGAAUAGUAGAAUAUAAUUUUCUUUAGCCAAGUUGAUUCUACAAUGUUGAUCUGAACUGGAACAUCAUUUGAAAGUGGAUGAUACUGUAUUUUUCCCAUUUCUAAUGUAACAAGAUCAACAAAGCACACACAAAAAAAUCAGUAUGUCAUACAGCUUCUAUGCUAAUUAGAGAUCGCAAUUUGUAUUCUGUUCUGGUGAAUCUAUAAGCACUAAUUUUACAAAAAUAACAUUUAAUUAAUGCUUCAUAUAUUAGCUUUUAAUUUGUAACAACUGGGAACUGAAUACCUAGCUACUGGAUACAACUGUCUCUCUGAAGGGCAAGAUCUCACAAAAUAUGUCAUUGCACAAAUUUCUGAGAUAUCUGUAAAAGUUUUCUUU